UUCAUCGACACAUAGACAGAUUUAUAGCAACUCAUUGAAUAGUGAAUAUUAUAUUUUCUUUAUUGAUCCCAUUCAGUAAUGAUAUUGAUUUGAUUAGAUUUUAUUGAUGCUUUACAUUCAAAAUGAAAUAAGAUGAAUUCACAUCAGUUUUCACUGAGUUCAUUAAUAAUGUAAAGGGAUUGAUAUUAAUAUAAUGUGGAAUACAAAGUGAAGAUACAACUGAAAAUAAAUUAUUGAUACAUUUAGACAUUAGAAAGUAAAUUAUAGAGAAGUGUUUUUCUUGGAUUUUAACCUAUAAAAGAUUGUAUUGUAAGGAUUUACCAUACAUAUUAGGAUAAUGGCAGACUUGGACUUUGAUACAAAUCCAAGAUACCAGAAAAAUGGCCUUCCUGAUGCUGUGAAGAUGAAUCAGCUGCAGAACUUGCUGCAUGAUGCCCUGAUUUCCACGGAGCAUGUUCAACAGUGUGCCAUUGUUAGACGUAAAGAUUGCUCAGUUAGAGCAAGUUCAGUUGGCUUUAAUCUAUAUCAGGACCAAGUACAGUUACUGCUAGAUGCAUUUAAAAAUCCACCACAAACCAGGGAAGAGGGUAUCUACUUUGAUGAUAGACAGUUCAAAUGUGUACGUGCAGAUAAAACUUCCAUAUAUGGAAAAUGUGAGAGUAGAGGACUUAUUCUGGUAAAAACACUGACCUUGUUGCUAAUAGCAACAUAUACAGAUUCCAUGUUUCCUAGUGUAUGCGUUGAAGCUGUUGAAAAACUAGCGGAUUAUUUCAAGGAGAAAGGAAAAUGAAGUCAUGAAGGACGAAUUCAUGUGAACUAUAAUCAAAAACUUUUUAACUUGAUUGCAGAAUACAUUCCAUGGAAUAAACUGCUACAUCUAAAGGAUUUUAAAGUUUUAGUGUUCAAGAAAUGUUAGAUUUGAUAGUGUUUAUAUGUCAGGACUUUAUUUAUAUAGAAGUACUGAUUGAAAUGCUGUGAAAGAACUACAUAGCAAAAAUGUUUCCGUCUAAAUGUGUGACUGCUUUAUCUACAGCAAAAACUCUCAUAUAAUUAGACAGUCAUUACAGAUAUCUUACUUUGUUAUCUGUGGUAGAAGAUGACAUAAUGAGUACAGUUCAUUAUAACUUCAGAUUUAUAUUUCAUAGCUAUGUUAGAUCCUGAGUAAUCAUAUUUCAUGAUCUGGGUCCAAGGUUAUAAAGAAAUUGCCCAAACUCAGAUCUAAGGCAUUUGAUUGGUCAAUAACUUGCAAAGAAUGUAAACUGACCAAUGAAAAUCCUGAGAUUUGAGAUGGAACUCUGGAAGAAGUUCGAGUUUGGAGAAUUUCUUUAUAUUAUAUAACCUUCUGGCCUGGAAUGCAUUUUUGUACAUUGUUCUCUAUGAAAAGAAUUGUUUCCUUAAUUCUGUAAAAAAAAGUUAUCUCUAUCAAAAGAAUAUUUUUCUGUGCCUCAUUCUUUUUACAUGAGUCAUAACAAUGUUGUUUAUGGAAUGUAUUAUUCAAAUGUUAUUUAUACAUGUAUUAUUAUACUGUUCUUUACUGAUUAUAUCAUUUAAUUGUUUAUUUAAUUAUGAAAUGUAUCAUUCCACUAUUA